AACUGUGUCACAUCCCAUUCAAAAUACAGUAAUUGCACCAUAUUUUCUGGCCUAUAAUUUUCUGUCAUCUUCACAAUCAACGUGAAAAAAGCAGCAGGCUCACGCGCUUUGCUGUGUCCACACAGAGUACGUCUUUCAUGCAGCCAUUCCGGCUUGAGGAUUACAGAGGCACAGGCUUGAAAUGGAGAUGCGCUUUUGUAAGUAAUCUUAGGAUUGUUUUGGUAUCUAAUUUAAGCAACUGACUGGUCUGUGGUGUUAUUUAGAAACUAAAUUUUACUGGGAUUAAUUUAGGACAGGGUUUCAUCAAGUCGUGUCAGAUGGUGCACUGCCUUUUCAUGUUGUUUUGAUCCUUAACAGCAAGCCUGAAAAACAUCAUCUGCAGUCACUGGCAUUUCUGAAAAGAUUCAGAUUUAAUCUGAAUCUUCUGAGAAGAUUCAAUUUAUUCUCUUGAGGACAUGUGGCUUAACUUAAGAACCAUGAGCAAUUGCUGUAUUAUUUCCUACAUUAUUUCCAAGACUGUUAGAUAAGCACUUGAAGACAGACUGGGCAGUUGGUCCCCGAGACUUGUGGUUUUGUCUGUUGGUACUUUAGGGAGAUGGGAAUUGUAUGAGCCCAUUACAAGUUACACUUAGCCAAAACAACAGUCAGAUAUAACCACCUCCAACACUCCUCACCAGCCUGAGCAGGUUUCUGUUCCUGAUUGCUACAACCCACCCCAGACCGUAUUUAUGGGACAUGUUACUGCUUCCUGAAUUGCCUUGAUCCUAAGUUAGUCUUUCUCCAAUACAUCAAUAAAAAAGGUCCAACUGCAAAUUUGAAAAAGUAGUAUUUUAAUAAUAAUAUUACUAAUUAAUAUUAUUAAGUUUUCCGAAGCAUUCAGGUCUGCUUGUGAACAGAGGCCUUAAAUAUGUUUUAAAACCAAUUGUACAAUUAAGAAUGAUCAGAGAAGUACAAGAUGUUCCAGGUUCUUCUGGGUCACCCAAACAAAGAAGGAGGGGAAGAAAUAACUGAGAGAAAUCCUCGGUAACCAUAUCACAGUUAUUUUGCAAUAAGCCUUAUGAAGCAUGUAUGCAUUUGUUGAUUCAGUUUCAUUACAGUGUAUAAAAUGACUGCAUGAACAAUUCCGGCAAGGUGUUGUGAAAACAAUUCCUUAUUUCAUCAAGCCUGACUAUGCAACUCUAGCAUGGGUAAUGUCCCUAUAAACUGUGUAAUCAGAGACAAUGGAGACAUUCCAGUCGCAUAGAGCGACUUUAAACGACAAGAGGUAGCACCAGAUAAAUGCGAUUUUCCUUAUCAGGUUUUUUGCUUGAGCAAGGUUCUUCAAGGUUACUGCCACAGAAUUAUGUUUAUCUGACCAGGAUUACACAACAGUUGAUGUUCCCUUACUGCUAGAAUUAUGCUGUCUUUCUGAGCUCAGGAUGCCAGGAUCAGAUAUCAGCUAUAGAGCAUCUCCCUAUUCAUGCUUGCUUACCCUUGUGCUUGGCAAGUGUCAACAUCGAGGAGGUACAACAAAAACAUCAGGCAUACCAUCUGGCAGCUUGCACAUGUGUGAAUGCAUCAGGAGAAGCAUGAGAACAAGAGUUAGGGGAAUGGCAUGCACUGAUUUCCAAGAAUGUGAUUAACAACAAUCAAGCCAGUGAGCACUGAGUGAUGUGUUGCUUGUGUUCUCAUGUGCCACAGAGAAGGUGACUUGCUGGCAGAAGACAUACACCUGAUAACAGAAUGGCAGCAGAGGGAAUACAGCACAUCUUACGGGCUGUUCCUGUUAUCCCAUGAGGAGGACAAGUUACAAUCCCAAACAAGAAAAUGAAAGAUGCUCAUCAGCAAUGUUGUCUAAUAUUUACAAAACUUGAAGUAAAUAAGAUGCAGAGACAAAAUAUCACACCACAAUAUCGCUCAACUCCUAAAAGAUUGCAGAUGUCUGUCCAAGAACAAGUUGACCUUGGGACAUAAGAGGAACCCAGAAGACACACUGAGGACCCAACAGCUGGCAAACCUUGCCUUCUAUGUCACAUGCAGGUGACCUUGGCCAGACCACUUGGGCACACACAUCUUGGCCCUGAUGGAAGCAAAUAUGAGAGUGUAUUGAUUGGUAGUUUACUUGCUUAGGAAAUCAAAUAAAACAUCUUUCUGUUUCUAAACAGUCUUGCCUUUUCUUUUGUUAGUUCCUACAACAGUACUGUACAAACAUCCCAUGAGCAUGAUUAUACAGUUUAACUUUAAGAUGCCCACGAUAGUCUGCUUAAUAUUUACUUACACACCCUACCAUGUAUCGGGAGGCCGUGACAUUGUAGGUUAACACCAGUGAUGAUUCACAGUUCUGCCAAAUCUAUAUGCACAACAGUAUCAGGACAGUGUUAUUCUUUCCUACACUUGCACCUAUGUGACAAAAUGCUCAGCUCUGAUCUUCCAACCUCAGAAACUACUAAGGUCUCCAUUCUCAGUAAAAGGCUAGCUGCUCCUGGUUGGCAACUUCUCUCCCUCCUACCACAGAUACAAUAAGUACUAGUGCAAAACCUCAUAUCACAUCUCCAGCAAUACCUACUAUUAGUAUCUAGUACCUCCACUAGAUAGCUAGUAUCUGAUGGAUGUAGAAGGCAACUAACCGUGGAUGAAGUAGCUGAUCAUGCAAGUAAAAUGCCUGUCUUCGUGCUGUUGAAGGAAAUCAGAAGUUACAGCAGGAAAACACAAGCCAUGUCAUGCUUUCUCCAUCCACAGGGCAUUUUUAAGUCUUCUUGGAUUGCACAGUGGAAUUGUCCUCUACACAAAGCCCAUCUUAUGCAGUGGGACAUUGGUGUAUACAGGGUGGGGAAGACAUUUUAAAAGCCCAGAUGAGACCCAGGGACAGAAGUACAGUAAUGAAACAGCAAAGGCUCUGGUCACACCUGUUGUGGGGAAGGCAGCACCUACACACAGCUCCUUUACAUCAGAGGCUGAGUGCUGAGAGAAAUUGAGAGUCUGGUGGAUGGAGCAACAUGUGUGCAUUCUGUAGAAAUGUGUCAGCUGAGUGUGCUUCACAACUCACAGGUUGUUCCUAAGUUGGUGUGAACAUUAGAAGUCAACCUAAUCUUUGUCCAGAAAAUGUACGCUUAAGCAGAGUACAUGCUAGCCAGCAGGUCUUUUAGGCAGCUACCAAGCAGAUACAGAAAGGCAUAGGUUACAACGUCAUGGGCUAAAGAUGGAGAAAGAGCACCAUUGUUCUGCGCAAUGCACAGCACUUCAAACAGGCGUUGCACAAACUCUCCUCUGCUCUGCAGUCCACCUGUAAGAUGCUAAGGUUGGUGCUUUUCCAGAAAACAUUGCAGAGGUUUUGUGAGUUGCCCAUUGAAAAUGCAAUACACCUCGGGCCUAAGGGGGUUUGUGGAGGCCACCUGGGACAGCCACUUCUGAAGAAUGGUGUAAUCACCCUGUGUUUCCCACUCAGACAGCCAGCAAAGCCUGCCCAGCACCCAGUGUGCCUAUCAAGAGGUCAGCAUACUGCUGUGGUCUUGCAAAGCUGCUAAAGAGCCCAACAUAACUGCCAUUUGCCCCUGCUAUCUUGAGUCCUCUGCUUGCCCCAGGAGCUCUUCUAGCAUUCUCAAGAGCACCUGGGAGAUAGGAAAUGAUCCUUUCCAAAUGAAACAUUUUGAUAUAUUUUUUUGCAGCAGAUAGCAUGAGCUGAAGAUGAAACUCCAUAGCUGAAAUUCCUUACCAUGUCAGUCCAGCUGCUUUUGAAGAUGUAAUUCAUUGCAAGCCCAAAAGGUAUGAUCAUAAGACCAAGUGGAGGAAGUUAUCUUUUUAUUGCUGGAAUUUGUAGAGCCGCCGUCAUUCCCACCACAGCCUGAUCAUACAACAGUGGGCGCUGCCUGGUAAUGUAUUUUCCUCUGUGUAAUUCAGAUUCGCAUUGGAGCUAUUCUGAGGGUGAAAAAGCAUUGAGUGCUUUUUUCUCAGUUGCUUGCCUCUUUGUUAUUACCAUAGAUGCAGCUACUAUGAGCACCAGGACUAUUUCAGAGGGUAAGUAUGUCUCACAGUGUGAGACCCAUUGGGAGGAGAAUGAAAGAAGAUAGCAAGUACCGAGAUGGAUGGUGAGAAGAUCUGUGGCUUACACUAUUAGGUAGAAGUUAGGCUCUAAAUUUUAAGAGCCUGGCAAAGCAUUAGAAGUCUUAUGUAACAUUAACUGUGUAUUACAAAUAUAUCUUUGCUCAAGGCAGGAGUCUCUAAGGUAAUCAAAAUGUUCCUGUUUAUUUCAAGCUAUGUUUAUUUAAUAAAUAUUCUUCCUAGAAAUCUCUAGAAGUUUUGGUUCAUGAGAUUUUGGGUCAACAGUGGCUUCUGGGUGCAAAAGCUAAGCAAUAAGGAAACAGUAGAAGUAUAGACAUCUUCUCUUCAUAGUGCAAACUCUUACUUAAGAUUAAUUCCCUUUAUGUGGCAACUGGCCUGACAGCAAUUUCCAUCGUUAGUUCUUCUGUUAUAUCAUCUUUUUACUAUUAAAAUUUCAAAAAUGGGUCUUGCUGCUGCUUGACUCAGACUGUGUGGAAGAGCACAAGGAGAGCCCCACAUGGACUCUGGUGGGAGUUGGAACUGGGAAUCCCCUCUGCUUUCCUGCCGCAGCCUGUCAUUUGUGGUCCCCAGACACCAAGGGAGCUCAGCCCAGCAGAGCCAAGUAGGAACAGACAUUCAUAACAAUGUUAUUAACAAACAAUGAUAUUUUACACAGGCACAAGAUGUGGUUGUUGGUUGCAGUCCUGUUUUUGAUGCAAGUAGCUGCAAACUGAGAAGAUGUCAUCAUGUGGGCAAAGAGUAUAAAUUCUGAGACAUUCAUGAAUGUUAGUCAAAUGAUCUGCUACAGAAGGUAUCCCAGUGAGGAGUAUGAAAUCCUGACUUGUGAUGGUUACUAUGUCAGACUGAACAGAAUUCCUCAUGGGAGAGAACAUCCUAGGAACACAGGCCCCAGACCUGUUGUGUUUCUUGAGCAGGGGCUACUUGGUGAAGGGAGCAACUGGGUUGAAAAUCUGGCUAACAACAGCCUUGGCUUCAUACUAGCAAACUCUGGCUACAAUGUCUGGCUGGGAAACAGUAGGGGAACACGCUCUUCCCGAAGGCAUCUUUCCCCUGACCGGACCGAAUUCUGGGAUUUCAAUUUCCACGAAAUGGCCAUGUAUGACCUCCCAGCAAUGAUCAACUUUGUCCUGCAGAAGACUGGCCAGAAGCAGCUGUACUAUGUGGGCUACUCUCAGGGUGCCACUAUUGCAUUCAUAGCAUUUUCAUCCAUGCCAGAACUGGCUCAGAAAAUCAAAACUUUUUUUGCCCUGAUGAUGAUUAAGCAUGCCAAAAGUCCUGUCUUGAAAAUGUUGUUCCUCCUUAACAGACAGUCCAAUAUGCUUCAGAUCCUACUGGGCCAGACAGAUGCCUCACUGAGGAUAAGGAAGCUGCAGAGAUUUCUUCCCAACCUGUGCAGGCAUCCGCUGUUGCACAAGCCCUGUGCCAACCUAUUGUUCCUGCUGAGUGGCUUCAACGAGAAGAACCAUUUUGAUGCUCUUGAGGAAGGGACUUUUGGCACCCAGUGGCCUUGCCACAUGUCCCGUUGCAUGCUUAUCCUCUCCUCCCAGGUGAUGACAUUGGGAGAGUUUAAAGCUUUUGACUACGGCAGCAAAAACAAAGCCAUCUACCACCAGGAGAAGUCUCCUUACUACCAGUUGGAUGAGAUGCCUGUGCCCAAGGCAGUGUGGUCAGGGGGCAAGGACUGGGUAGUCGAUCAGAGGGAUAUCCUUCUGCUGCUGCCACACAUUGGCCGCCUCAUAUCCUACGUGCACAUCACUGAUUGGAACCACUGGGACUUCAUCUGGGGCCUGGAUGCCCCUGGGUGCCUCUAUGGCUGCACUGUGGCCAUGACGAAGGGGUCCCAGUAGUCAGUGCUUUGAGGAAAGCUGGGGGGGAUGUGAGCAGUCCCCGACAGUGGCAUACUGGGGAUGGCUGAGCCAAACUUUUCUGGGCUGCAUCUGGGGGAUGCUGGGAGGGGCCCUGGCCCCUGCUUGUGGCUGGAGGCUUGGGUGGGGUGCAGAGAACCCGUCUUCACCAGGGCCGGGUGACGACUCCUCCACUAUGCAGUGGUGCUCUGCAUGUACCCACCCGUCUGAAA